CAGCCAACAAUGAGUUCGUCGAAAUCACGUUUAUUUUUUGCCGACGACUGAAAAAAAAAGAUAAAAUGAAAUACAAAUCCACGUACCUGAUGUUAACGAAACAAACGAUGACAGUCCACCCACCACUUGCAACUCACAGAAAUGAUUUUGGCUCUCGUCUAAUGUUGAGGAACAUAUAAUCUUCAACACGAGCUUAAAGCUUCGAAAUGUUGAUGGAUCGAAUGGAAACAAUGUUGCAAUAACAUAAAUGUGGCUUUCAGAGUCGUAAGUCAAGUAAAGGGCAUUCAAAUUUGAAUGAAAACUAAAGUAUUUUCCAGGCCUCUAGCGAGAACUAAAAAUUUCUGUGUCGACGAUUUUCUUUUAACGAAAGAAGAACAUAUCGAAAACAAAAGAUAUAUGGUUAAAAAUAUUUCUUUUAGUUUUGUAUCGUCACAAAUUUCCUUUUAUUUGUUGAAAAACUUUCAACUUUUACCAGUAACCUCUUACGAUGACUGUUUAAUAAAUAAACUAUGUAUAUUAAUUAAACGAGAACAAAAUAUGGAUAUUAAUAGCAAGAAGAAAUAUUAUUCUGAUGUAAAAAAUGUGAAACAAUGGUUUUAUUCUACAAAAGAAAGAUGCGACUCUUUGAAAUCUCACAUGAAAUAUAUGAAAAUGUUAUAUCACGAUAUGCAAUAUCCAAAAAUACAAGAAACUCAAAAAGCUUUGCAUGAUCCGAAUUGGCAAGAUUCUAAAAUUAAGGUUGCUAAUAACAAUGAAAAUGUAAUUUCCAAACAAACGGAUUGUAAUAAUUCCUUGAAAGAGUAUUCCAGUGUCCAAUACAACAUGAUCCAUGAAGAUGAACCUUCUGUAACUUCAAACAUAGCAAAUGUUAUAUCAAAUAGUAACUUACAACAGAUACAUGAAGAAAAACAAGAAGACUUCAAUAAACAGAAAGAAACAGAAAUUGAAUUGUCUUUGAUUACACCUCAAACUUCUGUUACCCCACAAAACACAGAUAUUGGAUCAAGAUCGUUAUUACCAUUUCAGAAAGAGAACAUGGUACAGUGUGAAGAACACAAUUACAAUUGGAAAUCCCUCCCAUAUCAAAAGCAUUUAACAGAAUAUUCUACAGAAUUAAUAGAAAAUAACGAAAGUUUGAAUAAAUCCUUUGAACAAUUAAUUUUGGAUAAUCAGAAUGAUUAUUUAUUUCAAGAAUCAUCUCCUAUGAGAGAUGAUAUGAAAUUGAACAUUUCUCAUGAUGUUAAAGACAAAUUCAUGGAUAAAAGUAAAAUCUCUGCAAAAAAUGAGAAAAAAGAAAGAGCAAUUUCUUUGGCAUUAUCAAGCAAGAAAGGUUCCUCGUGUAAAUUAGAUGACAUUGUUUCGAUGAAAAUUAAAAAACGGAGAAGAAAAAUAAAUUGCUGUAAUUCACGGAGUACCGUGACCACAAAAGAUACAACUUCUCUAGGAAAAAAGGAUACAAAAAGACGAAAACAAAAAAAUAAUAUAAAUAGUCGUCAUACGUUCAAGUCUCGAGAAACAUCUAACGAAGUAGUGGAAAUUUAUCAUAAUGCAGCAGCAAAGAGUGGUAGCACAUCUGCUAUUCCUAAUAAACAUUCAAAACUUGAACAUCAUAUGAAUUAUAUUAACAUAUUAACAUCUUCAGCUGUGAAUAAACAACAAAGCACGUCCAAAAAAUCAAAAUGUGAAGAUAACAAUUGCCAAAAUGUUUGCAAUGCUGAUAUAAAUAAUUCUGAAAAUGAUUCUCAGAAGUAUGAAAUUGGUCAGAAAACAAUAGGGAAAAAUACAAUUAUUAAUGAUUUAAAUAAUGAUUUAAAAGUUUCAACCAUUCCCGUAUGUACCAUGGAGAACUAUAAUUCACAUCAGUGUCAACAUACAAUUAUGCAAGCAUCAUAUUUCGAUCCGAUAGUGACUCAUAAUUAUGAAAUGCCAACUUUAGCUUCAAAAUUAAAGCGAGCUAAUCGUUCAUAUUUUGGUAGAUUCAACUUUCAAAAUAUACCUUUUGUAGUUGGCACAUCUAUAACUCCAAGUCAUAAUUUAGGCUUAAAUAUACAGCAAGUUCUGAGCAUUAUGAAAACAAAGCAAAUUGCUGCAACAGGAGCUACAUCUCUUCUUAUUCGUAAAAUUAGUAAAGGUAUGAAGCCUGCGUCUAUUCUCAUAGAACGAAUAAAUGAUCAGCAGAGUAAACUGCCUUACAUGAAUUCUCGAAUGAAUGAUAUACAUGCACAGAAAGAAAAUUUAUUUAUGAAUAAAGGUGAUCAUUUAUUAGAAAAUGAAAAUAUGCUUUUAAAAUAUAAUAGAAAAGGAAUGAGUAAUUUAAAUGUGAAUUUAAAAUCAACCAUUGAACAAUAUCAGAGUCUGCCAAAAGAAAUUAGCAACAGCGAAAAUAAAUUUGAGAACCACAAAAAAAAGGAUACUAGAUCAGAGAAUCAAUUGAAUAGACUGAAUACAGCACAAGUAUUACAUGCAACAGACAAUAAAAUGUUGAAAUUGUUUGCUUCUCAACAAAAUGUAAACGCGAAGAUAGAAAACCCACAAAUGCAACCCAAAACAUGUCAGGUAAAGUUAUCUAAACAAAUAAUUUGAUCAAGAAUAUUAAUCCAAAAUAUGUUACAGGACAAUAUUUGUAAUAAACACAUUUCUAACACAUCAACAGUUAAUUAUUCUCAAAACUCUAAAAGUAUACGGGAAGUUCUCAUUAAUCUUCACGAUCAGUUCGAAGAAAUGAACAUAAAGUAUGAAAGAUUACAAGCAAAAGCAAAAAAAUGCAGUGAUAAAGAUUUAAAACAAGAAGUGCUACAUUUAGAAAAAGAAUUAAGUAUUAAAGAAGACGAGAUAAAUACUGUUGUUAAUUUAUAUAAAGAGGUAAUGGCAUUAAAAGAGCAAAUGAGAUUAUUGCAAAAAAAAGACAGUUAUGUUUGUAUAUCAACUGAAAUUCCAUUGAGAGCAGAUAAAAUGUAUGCUGCUAUGCCAUUUAUGUCAACCAGAUCAAAUGGAUCCAAUUUCCAGCAAAGAUCUGUUCAUAGAAAGGGACAUAGCAUUAUCGCAAGGGAACCUAUUUCUUUUCGUCUAGCCGGUCUCUUACGACAAAUCCAAACAUUUCAAAAACAAUUGAAGCUGACUUCGUAGUAAUAAUACAUUAUGCAUCAUAUUUAUCACAUUCAAUUUGUCUGACAACAUCCGUCGUUGGGAAAUCGAAAAGUUACACAGUCGAGUGUGAGCCGGACUUUCAACAAGAGAAAAAGGAUACGCCGGGUUGUAAUCGAUCAGUGUUAGAGAGAAAUGUCUUUUGAGAGCGUCAACCAUGAGAGUUUUAGUGUCAAAGGGGAUCUCGGGGCAAUGCAAAGAUUAUUUAACGACGAGCUAUUACAUCUCCGUAACCUUCAAAAUAAUCAAUGUGACUCGUUCGGUAUAGGUUCGUCGCAAAGGCAAAGAAAAGCUGCAUUUUUACGGAUGCUUCUAGCUGACUUUACUCGAUAAAAAGUAGCAAGGAGAUUUUGCACCGGUGUUAUGUAACGACACGUCGUACGGUAUUCCUAUUUUUUUACUUCUUUUUCAAAUCAAAUUACUUCUUACGGUUUUAACAUGUAUCGUGUACAGAGUUGAGUUGCGCAGUUCGAUUACAUUAAAAGGAUCUCAACUUCUCGAA